CGUAAUUUCAACUUUACCUUGGCUUCUAUAUAAGUGUCACCUCUUCUUCCCAUAACAACCCAAGCAAUUUGCAUACAUCAAAACCGAACCCCCUUUUCUCUUCAAUUUCACUUUUAUUAGCAUUUCUUCAAUACUUAUUCAAAGUUUAAUUGCGAGAAGGGCUAUCAGAAGAAUUAGAUUGUUCUUCCAUUGUUUAUAAUUUGAAAAGUCUGAAUGAUCUGAUGGAGUCUAAAGGUGGGAAGAAGAAGUGUUCUAGUAGUAAAUCCCUUUUGUACGAAGCUCCUCUCGAUUACAUCAUUGAAGACGUUCGACCACACGGUGGAAUCAAGAAGUUCAGAUCAGCUGCUUACUCCAACUGCAUCCGCAAGCCAUCCUGAGAUUUUCUUGAUUGUGUGACAUAGCCCCCGUGAUUUUGCAUCUGCUUUAUUAUUACAGUCUCCUCUUUUCCUUUUUCUUGUUCUCUUCUUUCCUGCAUUUUUUGUUCUCUACCUACCUACACAGCAAGAGUUUGUUUCUUUUUGAGUCAAGAUGGAAGGCUCAGCUAUUGGUUUUGAAGGCUAUGAAAAAAGGCUCGAGAUAUCAUUCUUUGAGCACGGUGUGUUUGCUGACCCUGGAGGAUUAGGCCUCCGAGCACUCUCUAAAGACCAAUUGGAUGAGAUUCUGACACCAGCAGAGUGCACCAUUGUUUCAUCACUUUCAAACGACUAUGUUGACUCUUAUGUUCUGUCAGAGUCAAGCCUGUUUGUCUACUCUUAUAAAAUCAUCAUCAAAACCUGUGGAACUACAAAGUUGCUUCUGUCAAUCCCUGUCAUUCUCAAGCUUGCUCAAUCUCUUGACAUUGCUGUGAAAUCUGUGAGGUACACACGAGGGAGUUUCAUUUUUCCUGGAGCACAGUCAUUUCCUCAUCGCAGCUUCUCAGAGGAGGUUUCUGUUCUUGAUAGCUACUUCAGCAACCUUGGUGCUGGUAGUAAGGCUUAUGCUAUGGGUGAUCCUUCUAAGUCACAGAUUUGGCACAUAUAUUAUGCCAGUGCAGAGACACAAGGUUCAUCAGAAGCUGUCUAUGGCCUUGAGAUGUGCAUGACUGGUUUAGACAAGGAAAGUGCUUCUGUGUUUUUCAAAGAUAAAACAUCUUCUGCAGCUUCGAUGACAGAAAAUUCUGGAAUUAGGAAGAUCCUUCCACAGUCUGAUAUAUGUGAUUUUGAGUUUGACCCUUGUGGGUAUUCAAUGAAUGGAAUAGAAGAGAGUGCAAUAUCCACCAUCCAUGUCACCCCAGAAGAUGGCUUCAGCUAUGCAAGUUUUGAAGCUGUUGGUUAUGAGUAUGAUGACAAGACUUUGGUUGAACUUGUGGAGAGGGUUUUAGCAUGCUUUCAACCAGCAGAGUUUUCUGUUGCUUUGCACAUUGACAUACACGGUGAAAAACUUGAGAAAUUUCCAUUGGACAUCAAAGGGUACUACUGUGGAGAGAGGAUCACUGAAGAGGUUGGAGUGGAUGGUGCAGUUGUGUACCUUACAUUUGUCCAAAGCGAUGGCAGUGCGUCUCCCAGGUCUAUUCUAAAAUGCUGCUGGAGUAGUGAGGAUGAGAACGAUGAUGAAGUGAGGGAGGUAUAGUUAGUUAUGUUCUAUGUGGAGUGUUUAUCUUUAUUGUCGAGUGUUUAUUAAUAAAUUUGGGGGUUAUUAUGUGAGAGUAAGUAUGUUAUUUUGUUUGUGUGAUUAUGCAAAUGUUUUCUUAUUUGUACCCUCAACUCAUUAUAUGAGGGAGUGUUGAACCUGCAUUUCAUUGUUAUAUAAAUAAAUAUAUUAUAAUUUAUAUAUAUUUUUAAGUUA